AGACGGCAUGUGUUGUUGUUUACAACGUGUUGUUUAAAUGCCAUUGAAUUUUGAAAAUAUGAUAUAAUUUUAAAAUCAAUGGUCAUAUCAUUUGAUGACUUUGAUCCACUAAAUAAAAGACAAGACAUACAUCUCUGACAGGACAAUGGGUAAGAAAUUGAAGACCGGAAAACAGCGUAAGGAUCGGUACUACCAUUUGGCCAAAGAAACAGGCUAUCGGUCACGUGCCGCCUUCAAACUGAUCCAAUUGAAUCGCAAGUUUGAAUUUCUUCAACGAUCGAAAGUACUGAUCGAUUUGUGUGCCGCACCCGGCGGUUGGCUACAAGUGGCCCAAAAGUUUAUGCCAGUGUCCAGCGUUGUCGUCGGCGUCGAUAUCGCAUCAAUCAAACCCAUACACAAUGUUAUUACACUUCAAGAAGAUAUUACUACAAAACAAUGUCGACAAUCGCUACAGAAAGAGCUGAAGACAUGGAAGGCCGACGUUGUACUCAACGACGGCGCGCCAAACAUCGGCAAGAAUUGGAUUUACGACGCUUUCAGCCAAAAUCGGCUGACACUCAGUGCUCUUCAGUUGGCCUCCGAGUUUCUGAUCAAAGGCGGCUGGUUUAUCACCAAAGUGUUCCGAUCGAAGGACUACAACGCCCUGAUGUGGGUCUUCAAGAAACUGUUCGGCAAAGUACACGCCACAAAACCGCAGGCAUCGCGUAAUACGUCGGCCGAGAUAUUUGUUGUCUGCCAGAACUAUAUCGCUCCCGAUAAGAUUGAUCCGAAAUUCUUUGAUCCGUCGUUUGUGUUCGAAGAUAUCGAGAAGACUGAGGACAAUGAAAAGAAGUUGAAAUUAAAUUUAUUGAAACCGUCGACCAAACUGAAGAAAGCCAAAGCUGAAGGCUAUUCCGAUGGUGACUAUACUAUGUAUCACAAACUAAACGCAUCGGACUUUAUAUCCAGUGUUAAUCACAUCCAAUUGUUAUCCGAUUGUAGCGAAAUAGUGAUGGACACGAAAGAGAUAAGAGAUCACCGAUUGACCACAAUUGAGAUAAGAGAGUGUAGUAAAGAUAUCAAAGUACUCGGAAGAAAGGAAUUGAUAGCUAUUCUUGAUUGGCGAAAGAAGCUAAGAGCAGAAUUAGUUAAAGUGGAAAAACCACAAAAAGAUGAAUCAAACGGUGUGGGUGUUGUCGAAGAUGAAGAGAUGAUGGUCGACGAUGUGGACAGAUAUAUGGAUGAAGAAGCAAGAGAUAUGAAACGAAAGAAGAAAAAGGUUCAAAAAGAGAAACGAAAACUAAAUGAACGAUUGAAUUUGAAAAUGGUUAUAAAAAACGACGACAUACUCGAAGAAGAGUUGGAAUUGUUUCAGUUGAAGAACAUCAAGAAUAAGAAACUGUUGAACCAAAUUCACGAAAUCAAUUUGAGUGACGUUGAAGUGGAAGAAGAUGAUGAUGAAGCAGAGCCAACGUUUCGGCAAACAAAUAGAGUUUAUUUCGAUAAGGAUUCCAAAGAAGUGAUUGAUUACGACGAUAGCGGUCCUGAAGAUGAAGAUAAUGUAGAAGAGGAAGACGACAACGAACAGAGUGAAGAUAGUGAUGAAGACAUUGAUGAUAACAGUUAUCAAAUAGGAAAUGGUCGUAAUGUUGAUAAUAAUGAAGAAGAAGAGGAGGAGGAAGACGACGACAACGAUGGUCUAGUAGUAGAUCUUGUAGAGAGAGAGGAAGCAAAACGAAACAAUACGGAUAUGUUCUUUGAAAACGACACUUUCAGAGACGAAAUGAAUGACGACGACGACGAUCUUGAAUUGGAACUGAUUGAGAAUAAAUUAAAUAAAAAGAAUAAAAAACCACAGACUAAUGGUAAGAAUUCAGUGAAAAAGUCGAUGAAUAAGAGGAAAAUUGAAGAACAAGAAGAAAUUGAAGACAGUGAUAGCGACUCUGAUGAUGACAACAAUAAGACAAUCAAGAAUGUAAUGUCGGCGAAUGAUGAGAAGUGUAAGAAAAACUUCAGACUGACAUCCGAAGAGUUGGCUAUUGGAACACUAAUGAUUAAAUCACAAAAAACUAAACGCGAUAUUACUGACGAUGCCUGGAAUCGUUACUCACAUGAAGACGACGAAUUUCUUCCGUCGUGGUUUCGCAAAGAAGAAGAAAAGUUCAAUAGACGACCGCUUCCGGUAACCCAAGAGAUGGUCAAAGAGUAUCGGCAACAGCUGAGAGAAAUUGAUGCCCAACCCAUCAAAAAGGUGGCCGAAGCUAAAGCCAGGAAAAAGAAGAGAGCGAUUCGGAAGUUGGAAAAGGCUCGCAAAAGAGCCGAAAACGUUACAAAUACGGCGGAUAUGUCCAACACGGAGAAGGCUCAGCACAUCAAGAGUAUUUACAAGAAGGCAAUCAAAUCUAAAGAUAAGAAUGUCCAGUACGUAGUGGCCAGAAAACAUACGGGAAAGAGACCGCCAAAGGGAGUCAAAGGCAGGUAUAAGAUGGUCGACUCGCGUAUGAGAAAAGAUAAACGAGAGAAGCCGUCAGACUCGAAGAAUAAGAAGAAGAUGCCGAAGAAGUUUAUUAAUAAGAAAAACUCUAAUAAUAAUAAUAAUUACAAUAAAAGUAGUAAUAAUAAACACAAAGGACCCAAACGACCAAAAGGAAAGAAAAAACGAUAGAAAUAUUUUUUGUUUUAGUAAAUAAAUUAUUUUUUAAGACUCAAUAAUAAUUAUCAUUUACUGUAUAUUUUUAAUUUUAGUAAUUGAAUU